GUGAGCUUGUGCUGUGCCUGAAAUCCUGCAGGUCCAGUUCGUUUUCUUCGACUGUAAGAGCACAGAUGAGAACACUGGCUGUGCUUCGUAACGAGGAUUAAGGGUCAGAGAGGUGGACUGUCGAUCUCCUCCUCCUCAGUGCUACUCGGGCAGAAUGAGUUGCUCACGUUUCUUCUGGCCGUUUUUCUGUAGGUCCAGCGUCAGAGUGCUGUUUGAACACGACCACCGUAUUAGCAGCUUUCAAGGCGUGAUCAUCCGCCGUUUAGCAGCACAGGCGCCUGUAGAGGUGGUAGAAGGUGAUGGUCAGCAUGAUGUCAAAGUGCUUUUCUGUCCCAUCGUCUCCCGCGCUGGGACUGAUAUCCAGGCUGUUCUCUCCCGGAUUAAAGCUGGUCAAGUCACCAUUGUGAUAGUGCUGCACCAUACCCUUGAUUCGAGGGCCAUUAUACCAAGCAGCAGUGUAUAUGAGAGUGAAGGGGUUAUUCUUGUGGACUUCCUCUUCUCUGAGGACCAAGGACUGCUGGAAUGUCAGAAGAACAGUGAAGCAUUUGACAGGACAGCACAUUAUUUAAAUCAACUGGCUCCCCAGUCUUCUGUAAUGGGAAGAAAGGGAAAAUUCCUGCUUUUGACCGUGGGGUCCUUGGUCCUUUGGUUAAUGUGGCUGGACUGGCGUCAGGGGUCUUGUCACACUGUCGUUGGAGUGAUUAGUGGCUUUAUUAGUGGGGCUGUUGGUGGAUUUAAGAACACGGUAAAUGGAAGACUAUAUCCUGCCCUUAUUGGUGGGAUAACUGGAGGGAUUAGUGGUGCAGUUAUUGGCAGUCUAGUGUAACACUGGGGUUGUUGGUGCGCAGCUUUUAAAACUUAACCUCACUGAAGCUGCAAAAUGAGGAUUUCAUGCUGUGUCAAAUGAGAAUAUGAAACAUUCUAAAACAAAUAGAUAUUCUGAAGGAAGCUGAUCUUUGGAAAGCUGUCCUAAAUGAGAACUAAUCUUACAGCAUUAUAACCUCAUUUCACCCGCACUUAUGGAAUAGUCAGUCAGUUUUUGCAAGCUGUUUUUCUCUCACCUUAAUAAACAUUUAACCCCAGGAAGGACAAAAGCUAUUUGAUGGUGAAGAAGUUUUCAUGAUCACCAUGAUGCUUUUCAGGCAAAGCAGGCAUACAGACAGAAUACCAACAGGAAACAGUGCUUUUACAAGAACAAAAACCCAAGGCUUCAGUGAAUAACAUAGAGAAAGAUUGUCUGUAGACAUCAGAACUUGUACGUAAUGAUUAUAAUGAUAUUAAAACAUCUUGUAUCACUCUAAA